ACUAUCUUCCAAAUUGUAAGAGAGACAUAUGAUGAUGUUAUUAUGGACCAAAUUAGCAUGUGUUUCCCAGUCGUUAAAAUGUAAGAGCAGAGAAUUUGAAAGAAAUACGAUUUAUCAAAAUUAAAAGCAGUAAUAUGAUUCGGAACCAAUGAACAUUGUAGUACACUAGCUCGAGCCAAACCAGUCUCCCUAGUGAAUAUUAUAGUACUAGCUCAAGCCAAACCAGUCUCCCUAGUGAACAUUUUAAUACUAGCUCAAGCCAAACCAGUCUCCCUAGUGAACAUUUUAAUACUAGCUCAAGCCAAACCAGUCUCCCUAAUGAACAUUGUAGUACUAGCUCAAGCCAAACCAGUCUCCCUAAUGAACAUUGUAGUACUAGCUCAUGCCAAACCAGUCUCCCUAAUGAACAUCAAGAGGUAUGCAGGUAGGUAUCAACUAUUAUUAACUACUUGCCUAAUUGACACCUCACUAUCAUUUUAUUAUAAAUAGAGGUCGGUAUUAUAUUAAGGAUACAAUAUCCAACAUUGGAAGUUGAGUAAGAUCUUAAGUGGUAUAUAUAAGAUAUGGGUCUCUCCACUCAUUGCCAAUUGGUUUUGAGUUGGAAGCCCACAAUCUAAUAUAUUAUGCGAAUUACAUCUAAGUAUAGUCUUAGUCAUGGCUAAGUUUUUUACAACCAUUAUCCUUAUCUUUGUUGCUCUUGUUCUAUUUGCUGAUUUUGAAGCACCUACAAUUGUGAAGGUGGCGCUUUGCAAUAGGGAAAGUGAGACAUGGUCAAGGCGUUGUGUAAACGAUGGUCAGUGCAGGGAUCAUUGCAUUAACAAUGAUAUAGGAGUAGAUGGAAACUGCGCUGGUGGCUACCCGUGGUACAGAGGAUGUUUCUGCUUCUUCGCUUGCUAAUAUAUACCAAAAGCUAUUCGUUGCUUGCUUGUGUGUUUAUUUUACAUAAAAUAAUUCUGCGACAUUCCAUGGAAUAAUAUACCUACGUCUACCAUUUAACA